AUGCUCACUGCUCUAGCUGCCGCAGCGCUGGUGCCAAUGGUACUGGCGCAGAGCAAUGAGAAUAUCCUGGGUGUAUACAUGUUCCACCGACACGGCGACCGCACUCCCAAAGCUCUUGCUCCUGCUAAUUUGACGCACCUUGGGUAUGAACAAGUCUACACAUCCGGCCAGUACUACCGAAAUCGAUACAUCUCUUCGAAUGCAACUCUCCAGAUCAAUGGUAUCAACUCCGACAUUGUCAAGCAAAGUCAGAUUGCUGUCUCUGCACCAGAUGAUACGGUUCUGCAGAACAGUGCCAUGGGCUUCCUUCAGGGUCUCUACCCUCCUGUCGGUGACGCUCUUGGGUCGCAGAAAUUGAGGGACGGGACCACCGUUACCGCACCCAUGAAUGGGUACCAGCUCAUUCCUAUCGAUUCGGUCGACUCUGGAAGCGGGAGCGAAGACAGCGGUUGGCUUCAAGCUGCCAGCGGAUGCGCUGCUGCGACCAUUAGCUCCAACAGUUACUUCAACAGCGAGGAGUACAUGGAGCUACUCGAUAGCACCCGUAGUUUCUACCAGGAAAUCUACCCAAUCAUCAAUAACACAUUCAACGAGACGCAGAACUCUUUCAAGAACGCCUACACUAUCUUCGAUCUCGUCAAUGUCGCAGAGAUUCACAAUGAAACCAUUCCCAGCUCCGAUCUGUUGACUGCAGAGACACUCUUGCAACUACGCACUCUGGCAGAUACCCACGAAUGGGGUCUUGCAUACAACUCCAGCGAUGAUGCACGAGCAAUUGCAGGCAAGACAUUGGCAGCUGAGAUUGUGCAAUUCUUAAAUGGAACCAUUACCGGGAAAGGCAACCAGAAGAUUGGCGUCCAAUUUGGCGCGUACGGAACCUUUGCUUCAUUCUUCGGUCUUGCCGACCUCCCCAGUGCGAACCCAGAUUUCCGUGGAGUCUCAGACUAUGCUUCGGCCAUGACCUUUGAACUAUUCACCAACUCGUCCAUGCAGGUCAGCAGUACCUCCUAUCCGGCUGUCGAUGAGAUUUUCGUGCGCUUCCUCUUCCACAACGGAACGACGAACAGCACCAGUGAACCGAUCGCCUAUCCCCUAUUUGGCACUGGUCAAGAAACCAUCAGCUGGAACGAUUUCACGGAGAACAUGAAGAAGUUCUCUGUGGGCGAUACGCAAGAAUGGUGCUCGGCGUGCGGCAACACGACUGGAACCUGUGCGGCUUAUGCUCCCGCUGRUACGUCAUCUAGCAGCCCGUCAUCUCAAGGGGCGGGAGGCGGUAAUGGUCUGAGUCCGGUUGUGAACGGUGUGAUCGGUGCCAUGGUAACGUUGGCCGUGGUUCUCGGACUCGAAGCACUCGUAUUGGUGGUUGCUGGGCUGCGGGUGGUCAGCAAGAAGAGGCUGGUGCGUGGCGAUGUCAUUGAUAUAAACCAGAACGGAGUCACAAAGGCAUAG